CCGGGAAGUGACGUGUGCGGACAAAGGCAGCAGCCGAGAGGGGUCUGGCACGGUAGGGCUCCCGGGUCCCCGCGCCGUCCUGCCCUACCCUCUUCUCCCGGGUCUCGGCAGCCGCCGCCCGGGGGCAUCAGCAGCCACUUUUGUGACCAUGAGCUCCUCACAGAAAGUUUGUGUUCAUUGUCCAGUGAGUUUCUCACAGCUGAUGGCAGGGAAGGAGAUAUUGAGCCUCGUCUUGAUGCAGCCUGCCACCUAAUUCCCAGGCUGAUUGUUGUGUUGACCCGUGGCUCCAGUGCUCAGGGACGACACUGCCAGUCCCUGUUGUGCAGGCGGGAGAGGAGAGACCUGAGGCUCCAAGGCCUGUCACCUUCCUGGCAGAUCCCAGCUUUCUCCCCUACCCUCCAGGCUCUGCACCAGGGAGAGCAGAGAGGUGGCUGGUGACACCAUGACGAGCGAGGUCAUUGAAGAUGAGAAACAGUUCUACUCCAAGGCCAAGACCUACUGGAAGCAGAUCCCGCCCACGGUGGAUGGCAUGCUUGGGGGGUAUGGCCACAUCUCCAGCAUCGACCUCAACAGCUCCCGGAAGUUCCUGCAGAGGUUUCUGAGGGAAGGCCCAAACAAGACAGGGACUUCCUGUGCCCUGGACUGUGGAGCUGGCAUCGGAAGGAUCACCAAGCGGCUGCUCCUGCCGCUCUUCAGGGUGGUGGACAUGGUGGAUGUGACCGAGGACUUUCUAGCCAAAGCCAAGACCUACCUGGGGGAGGAGGGCAAGAGGGUGAGGAACUAUUUCUGCUGCGGGCUGCAGGACUUCAGCCCAGAGCCCAACUCCUACGACGUCAUCUGGAUCCAGUGGGUGAUUGGCCACCUGACUGAUCAGCACCUGGCUGAGUUCCUGUGGCGCUGCAAACGGGGUUUGCGCCCCAAUGGCAUCAUUGUCAUCAAAGAUAACAUGGCCCAAGAGGGUGUGAUCCUGGAUGACGUGGACAGCAGUGUGUGCCGAGACCUGGAGGUGGUGCGCCGGAUCAUCCGUAGCGCAGGCCUUAGCCUACUGGCAGAGGAACGCCAGGAGAACCUGCCCGAUGAGAUCUACCACGUCUAUAGCUUCGCCCUGAGAUGAGCCUCAGCCACCGCAGGCCAGGACCACGGCAGGGGCCGACAGCCUGCCACCACUUGGUACAUCUGCCUGCUAUCCAUUAAUGGACACUCUUCAAGAAGCAGUAUGGGACCCAGCGGGUGGGGGCCGCCCUGCUGAGGUGCAUUGUGACUUGGGCACUAGAGACCAGCAGGACAGGGCAGCUCUGUGACUCCCAGGCACCCUGAUGCUUCCCAGUGGGCAUUUCGGAAGCUUAGUUCUGACCCAAGGGCCUAGCUGGCCUAAGGGGAAAUAAACACCCUUUACCUGGCCAACGAAGACCCAUCAUGUGAGAACUGUGCUGUUCCCCGAGGACAGGACAGCUAGGCAGUGCCACUUACAGGAAUGGCCAGUCCCACCCUCUUAAUGGGGUUAUGACAGCCACAAAGGGUAACGCCUACUCCUGGUCUUCACCUCCUGGGGGGCCCUCCUGAGCAGGUAUUUGCAGUCAAUAAAAGUGUGAGCCCUGUUCUGAAAAAGGCCCUCCCCAGU